AGAUAAUUGGUUCAAGAUAUCAUAUACUCUUCCGAACCCACGCUGGUGUGGUGGUUGCACGAACGAACAGACGGGCAAACGGCUGCAGCAGGUGCACUGCCCCGUGUGUGACACACAUCGCGCUCUGUCGCUCCCUCGCUCGCUGUGUUGGUGAGUCAAAGGGACGCUGUCACUGGCGUGGCUGAUCUCCAGCAGCAAGACACAUAGUGCUGGUGGUCGGUGGUAGUGGUGGUGUUGCUGUGUGUGUGUUUGAGAGGACACGAACGCCGCCAAGAAACAGGGGAAGAUGGAUGUGACGCUCGACAACGGAGACCCAGAGUAUGCGGGUCUGCAAAAGGCCAAGGAGCUGGUCGACGGCUUCCAGGAUGUCGAUGACAAGUACCCGACCAUCAGCCAGCUGAACAUGGAAGGGGAAGACGCCGAGCUGUAUGUCAACGAGACAGACGUUCCACCACAGCGGCACCAGUUUGGCCUGGACACGGAGAUUGAGCAGCAGCUGCAACAGGUGCAAGUCCACAGCAUGCAGGGCAUCUUCAGUGAUAUUCAACGCGCGUGGAUGACCGUCGACUCGCAGCUCUACAUGUGGCACUACUCCGGUAAGGACUUUUGCUGCUACCAGGAGCUGGAGGAGGUCAUCGUCGGCGUCGGCCUCGUCCGCCCAAAGCCAGGCGUGUACGACGCGAGCAUUGAGCACCUGCUUGUGCUGGCAACGCCGCUGAUGGUGUAUCUGAUUGGCGUGGACAUGCGCAUGGACGAGAGCGACGUUGGGGAGGUGCACCUCAACCCGGCCGUGCUGCACACAACAGCGACAGACAACGUCUGCUUCACGUGCAUUGUCGGCACGCCCGACGGUCGCAUCUUCAUGGGCGGCGACGACGCGGCCAUCUACGAAAUCCAAUACGAGCGGGAUGACGGGUGGCUGCGGCGCAAGUGUCGGAAGGUGAACCACACCCGCAACCUGCUGUCGUUCCUGAUGCCGACGAUUGUGACGCAGACGUGGGGGGUGCGCGCCGAACCCAUCAGGCAGCUGGUUCUCGAUCCCACGGGGACAACCCUCUUUGCCCGCUCAGACAACACCAUCACGGCGUACCGGGUGCACGGCGGGUCGCUGUCGCGCGCGUGUGCAAUGUAUGACGAGCGCGGGCGGGCAGACCCGUACCGCCCAGGCCUCCACGGCGCCAUCAUCACCAUUGCCCCAAUUGCAGACAACCAGAUUGUCGCCGUCACAGACAAGGGUUUGAGCGAUGCGCUGCGCACGGAGCGGUACCAGAACAAGCUCAUCACCCAGCACAUGCCACCGACGCAGUUUGUGCUGUUGACAUCUGCGGGCACGUUUUACAUUGAGGACCGUAGGCCCGUGGACACGCUGGCGUAUCACUUUGAGCACGGCCAUGCCUCGGGCGCUGCACGCUUUUUCCAGCCGGCCUUCCCAGAGUCGGUGCUCCAGGGGCUGCCACCCUUCCAAGUCAGCAUCAAGCAGCAGGCGUUUGUGCGCGAAGCGUCGGCUGCCGCGCUCGUGCUUGCAUGCAACCCACCGCCAGGUGUGUCCGCUGGGCAGGCUGUUGAGGCGCUGCGGCACCACGGAGGCGCUCCGUUCCACCUCAACAGGCCCGCCGUCUUCCAGCAGCACAGCUUCGUCGGCCAGCCAGAGCAGGAGCCCGAUCUUGUGCUCUCUGGGCGGCACGAUGCGGUGUUCCAGCUCAUUGGCCGCGUUGCCCGCACGUUCCACUGGAAGCGCCCGCUGCUCGGUGCUGCCAGUGCCGCCGCCUCCAUUGGCGACCCGGCCGUCCUCUCCUCCUCCCUCGCCCUCAUGGAUGGCCUCCAGCGCGUGCUUGUUGCCGUGUACGACAAGGUUGAGCCCAUCGCCGCACCCAUUGGCGGCAAGCUCGCCCCGCGCGAUGAGGAGCGUGCGUCCAUCUACACCGCGAGCGUGCUCAUCACGUACGUGCAGCAGGCGCUGCGGCUGUGGGCGAUUCUCACGCAGGAGCCGGACGUGUUCACCACGCUCGCAGGCGAUCUCUCGUCGCAGGAGCGCGCCAUGCUUGAGAGCAUCUCCUUCUGGGACCUGGCCACCACGCGCGAGGGCAACAGGCUGGCCCGCACGCUCAUUGAGAAGAUGCUCAUGCGCCUGGUGCGCGCAAAUGAGUCUGACACGUUUUCCCGCCGCACGAAGGAGCUGCAUGACGCGUGCCCGCUCUUCCACUCGUCCCGCGCCAUGCUCGAGUCAAAGGCCAAAGAGCAGCUGGUGCGUGCUGAGCAAGUGCUGGCCACGCCCGGCAUGGACGCAGCGGCCGCCCGCAAGGAGGCGUCCCGAUAUUUGACGGGUGUCGUUCGUGAUUAUCAGCGCAUCUUCAAGGACGACAACACAACACGCGGCCUUGCUGACAUCUGCACCCGUCUCCUCAAGCUUGAGCACUGGGAAGGCAUUACCCGGCUUGUGCUGACGUGUGCCGAGCUGGAGCGGCUUGAGCCCGCAGUGACGUACUACCGCCGCGGCGAGCCCCCAGAGGACAUUGAGGGCAUGCGCGCAAACGAGGAGCGCGAACUCUGCUACGAACAGCUGCGCACGAUGCUGACGGAGCUGCUUGGCCGCGCGCUUCAGACGGGCCCGGCCCAACAGCAGUACGAACGCGACCUCCACGCCCAAAUUGCCGUCUUGAAUUCGCCGUUCCUUGAGGACUGGCUGCAGCGCGUGGAGGACAAAUAUUCCGAUGAUCCAAAGGCCCUGCGCGAGAUUUUGAGCCUCAAGUUUGACUAUUUCCGGGAGAAGCGCAAUGCAAAGCGGUUGGCCGAGACAGCGUGCCAGCUCGCCCGCCUCUCCCUGGAGAGCCAGAGCCGGUACAUGCAGGGGGCAGAUGCGAUGGGGACGGCGCAGCACGUUGCGCAGCUGCUGCGAACGCUGCGGGACAUGAAGCGUGCGGCGUACCACCAGGAGCAGGUCAUCCGCGCCCUCGACGCCGCAAAGGACGCCGCAGCCAUCCACCAGCAGGAGGCAAAUGCCGCCAUUGUGCAGCUGAACAGCAGAUUGUGGCCGCUUGAUGACUUGCUGCGUCGGUUCUCGGAGCCGUUCCGGCUGUACGAGUGCCAGCUUGCCCAGCGUCUCGCACAGGGGCGCAUCACGCCAAAGGAGCACUCGCAGAUCUGGCACAACAUUGUGCAGCAGACGUGGCAGCACGCCAGCCGCAUCCCCGGGCGCGACACGCUGGAGGUGGUGGAGGAGGUGAUGACCCGCCUGGCCGAGAUUAUGAAGCCCCUCAGGGACGACGACACAGAGGCUCCAAGCUUGAUUGCGGUGUGGAUGGAGCAGUACCUGGCCGAGAACGGGACAGACACCAUGGUGGUUGUCGACAAACUGCACAAGAUUGCCGGCUACGACUGGUCCUUCCUCUUCAACCUCUACUGCAAGCUCGACGUCGAGCAGCAGCAGCAGUUCAUGCUGAAGGCGAACCGCCCGCUGCAUCUUGUGCGUGUGUUGGCGGGGAUUCUCAAGUGCUGGAAGCGCGAGGCAACGCGCAGCGAACGGCUGUCACUGCACCAGGCGCUGAGCAUCACGCUGCCGGAGCUGAUUGCAAAAGCGGCGGCGGAGGGCGACAACGGCCUCAAGUCAGACCUCGCACAACUCCAGCUCUGA